AUGCUGCCACGCGAUUCGAAAUGCGGGGCACUCAUCAGGCAAGAACACGUACAACUGACGCCUCUGAUGAUACCAAAAUCUCCCGAUUUUGACGUCAAAGAUUCUCAAUUCUUCGGAAAAUUCACCAAGUUGCCCUCACCGGAAGAAGUUCGCUCGCAGGCCAAAGCCCAACAUCUCGCGGGAGUCUGUCCAGACAAUAGAAAAACCUUCUCGUUAGAAGGCCCUCAUGUGCGACCACCACCUGUGAUAUUCAAGGAUCUGGGGCUGUUUGUCAAAUGGGGAAGCGCUGCGAGAAUUUCAGAGGGCCAGUGCCUCUAUGCUCCCGGCCAGCUCCUCAAAGAUCAGGUCCCCGUUCCGGAGAUAUACGGGUGGCGGGAGGAUGGCGGUCAAACUUUCAUUUAUAUGGAGUAUUUGCAUGCGCAGACUCUGGAGCAAGCAUGGGAGAAGCUGGAAUCUGAUGACCGCGUUUCGAUCUGUUGUGAGCUCCGGACAAUCUACAACAACAUUCGCCACCUUGAACAGAAGCCAGCAGAAUCAUUCAUAGGCACGAUCCUCUCAACGGCCUCUGCAUUUUUCUGA